AUGCAUCCCCAUCUCCACACCGAAGAAGUCCAAAAGAACUGCGCCGACGUUGUCGCCGCACUCGACGAAUGCCACGCGCGCGGCUUCCUGUGGAAAGUAACCGGCAACUGCACCGACGCGAAAUACCGAGUAAACAUGUGCCUGCGCGGCUUGCGACUCGAGAAGACGCGGCAGAACCGCGAGGCGGCUAAGGAGAAGAGGACACAUAUUAAGAAAGUCUGGGCCGAGCUGGAUGAGGGGAAUUUUGCGCGCAUAAAGACACAACUGUGA